CGCAUCAGACAGUACCAAAAAUAGGACUACCAAACUUAUCUGAAUACAUGAAUUAUCAUCUGACGUUAAUUCAUUAUUUUCUUCGUCGCAAGCGUAAUUUCUAAAAAAAAUUACGAAAACCGAAUUGUCAGCAUUUUCAUUCGGUUGAAACACCCGCGAAGAAAUGAUUUUUCUGUACAUCGAUAGGAUAAAAUAUUAUUUUAUUGACAAUUUUUGAGUGGAAUCAACGAAUCGAUAGAGACACAACUACGAUCGUGUGUUCAAGUGCUUUUGUGUAUUGGAUCAUUUUUUUAUUGUGAAACACACGAUAAGGAUGUUUCGUUCCGUGAUUUCACAAUCCCUCGAGCUCAUUUCCUUCGAUUUAUCGAGACUCGGACUAACAAUGAACGAAUGAAGUUCGAAAAUGUUUCGUUGCCUACGAUAAUCCAAUUGUCCAGUGGUAUCAAAUCAAAGUACCGCGGUGUGACGAAACGAAAAGAUCAGUUUCAAUGACUAGAACGACUGGUGCGUGGUGUAAAUAAAGUGUCCGUUUUUUGUGUAUGUCGAAAAAUAUUUAUGAAACUUUGUGUUGUAACUACUUGGAGAAAAUUUCAUUACAAAUGAAUGAAAAUCAGUUGAAAAUGAUCGUCCCACCGACUGUGGGAUUCAUCGUCGCUGGAGUUGCAUCCGGAAUAUUUUACUUGCUGGUUGAAAGCUUGCGCAAAGGGAAAAGUUCAAAGAGUGUCCUUUACGACGACAGCCGUUGCGCUUGUUGUCUCAAACCUUUCUUGGUUGGGCGGGGCGUCGAGUGCAACGACUGCGGUGCAAGAUCGUGCAGAAAGGCUUGCUGCCGCUGGGACUCGCUGGAAGAUUCUUGGUUCUGUCUGUUCUGCUAUCACAACAAGGCCUGGGCAAGAAGAAGAGAAAAGUGGUUUCGUAGUUUCGGGGGCCUGUCAUCAACCACCGAAAACAGCAAGAACUUCAGCACGGCAAAGUCCCAAGUUUACGACGAAGGAGCUGAGCAUGUGGCGAUCCAUGCAGAAUUGGAUCUGGCUGCCGGUGGUCGUAGAGAGGGAGAUUCGAUGGAAACUGUUCGUGAAUGUGUGGAGAAAAUAGUGGAGAGUCUUGUUGGCAAUGUGGACGACACACCGAUCGAUCGCCUCUAUGAUCAUCCGGAUUAUGAUCGGCUUUUCGAUGAGUACGCUGCUAUUUUGGCGAGCACACUGACACGUCUGGCCAUGUCCUUGAGGCAGUGCCUUGGCAGUAAGCCGGCCACAGACACGCCGCCGAUGGCUCACACCGCACUCAGAGAGUUAGUUGAACGCGCUGUCGACGAGGCCCGUAAACUGCCUUGUCUCGGUGCGACAGUUUCUACUACGGUACACGAGGAUUCCACUUUUUCCGAACAAAACUACGAGGAUCUUCUCGCUACCGCUAUUCUCAACAAGGUCAUUGAGAAAUUCCAAAACGAAUGUGUCGACGGCAACAGCAACGUUCUUCAUAAGAGGACCCGAUCAAAGUACACAAAUCAUGACAACGAAAUUGGGCUCGACGAGGGGCUCGAAGAGGCCAGCAGCAGUUCGGAGCCCCUAUCUCAUGACGAUUGUAGCAGCGAAGGGAGCGGAUCGCGAGCGAGAUAUACCCGAAUGCGGAAGGAGCCGAUGUCACUCACGAUCGAAGAACAAAUCGAGGAAGUCACGACUUAUGGAUCCGACGAGGAUCUUCGAAGUUCCAAAACGAAUAUUCUUGACUUCAAAAACUCGAGGAGAGUUCCUUUCCCCGAAUUUGGAAUGGAUAUCGUUGAUCCUGCGCAAGAUUCCUCAGACGAGAGUCAGGACGAAGCGAACGAUUUGGGUCACGUGAACGUGAUAACGCCGAUCGAGUCGUGGGAAGAGAAUUGGCUUUUCCAGAAGCGAAAAAUUCAAACUCAUUCAGAGCCGGUGUCGAUGUUGGUACCGAAUCCAAGUGCGGAUUAUCGAGCAUUGAUAGGCGACAAAGAUGCCGAGGAGACUUCGGACUUGUCAGAAUUUUCGGCGCAAUCGGAGGAUGAAAUCGAAGACGAUGAAUUAUUGAUCGAAGCGAUAAAUGGAUCGGUUCCGGAGUCAUCGAAGCUCCAAGACGUCGAUGAACCGAAAUUCGAAAAAGUGCCGAACGGAAAUGAGAAAAUCGACUAUUCGGCCGACAUCGGGAACAAGGACGAAUCUUACGUGGACAAACUAUUCGAAAAUCUUUAUCGCCAAAACAUCGACAAAGAACACAAUACCAAUGCAAACAUUCUGGGCCCAGCGGACAAACAAGAAAAUCGUGACUCCGGAUUGUCAGAGAAUUCUUUCGAUCCUGCCAGAGAUUCCGAAAAAAAUGCCCAAAUGCCAAAGACGCCAGUUUCCUCGCCAACGAGAAAUUCGCCGCUGAAAAACAGCCCGGAAGUUUCUCACGACGUUGAUCUCUCAAAAUUGCAUGACCCACUCGUUAUCGUCGAUCAAAAAAUCGACGAGGACUCGAGUCAUGAAGCUAAUUCAACGGUCGAACGUCACGAUGAGCAAUCAAGAGAUAAUAUCGUGGAUAACGCAUUGUCCUCGUGUGACGCAAACGAGAAUUUCAAACAGCCAAGAAUGAGCGGAUGUCUCGAGGCCGCUGAGCGAGUUGAGGAAAUUGAAGAAAAACUUGACGAAGAAAACCACCAACUCGAACAGAGAGUAGUGGAGACUUCUAAAGGAGGAACAACAUCGAAUGGGAGUUACAAAAAAAGAGAAGACUGCGAAACCAUCACGAAUGGCUCGUCAGGAGAGGAGAAAAAAAGUCAGAAACAAACGACAGCAAAAACGAAGGUUGUCUCAAGGCCGGAAAAGGAGAUUUUGAAAAAUGGAUCGGACAAUGAAAUCGGAAUGGCGACUCCCCCUCGUCCAGGUACAAUUGCUGAGCGCGAACACAAAAAGUGGGAAAACGCAGCACCCAUCGAGAAUAAUCCUUACAGCGAAGAAAAUAUUCAGAAAAGAUUACUUGAGAGGCAAUACGCCAGAAGAUCUUCCUCCGAUCUUUCAGGAAACUCCACCAAGUUAGCCACGAGCCCUAGCACUCCUCUGCAAAUUGUUUUGGGAGCAGGUCGUCCGGAUUUCAAAAGGUUCGGACGCGAUUAUUACAUAAAUGAUGCAAAAUCUCCGAACGGGCGAAGCAUCGAGACGGGAUUUUACACGGCGACGAGCAGACCGAACAGUUCAAUGUCGCAGAAUUCCUUGUCAACGGGAAGUGAUUACGAGCAUCAGGAACGUUCCCGCAGCGUCGAGACGGAAUCAACUUGCAGUACGUCGAGCGAAUCGAGGAGAAAAUUGAUGGAAGAGAGGCGACAAUCAAUGAGUGACAUUUCGAGUAAUUCUUACGACGAGAUUAUUGAGAGCGAGAGAAAAAAUGCAAAAAACGUAAUCAAUGCGAAACUCAACAAUCGUGGAAAUUUUGAAGAAAUAACGAAACCGAUAAAACGUAUUGAUCUUCGAGCUUACGGCUUCGAGAACGAAUUUCAUUCGAAAAAUAGAGAAAACGAUUUUUUCAGAAACAAAUCAAAUCGUGUCAUUAACAAGCUCGAUCUUCGAUCUUUCGGUUAUGAUUCAGGGCUCAGAAGAACACAGUCGAACAAUAACAUCGACAGCCGAGUCAAAAUCAACUUGGCGCUUCGUUCGUCCACUCGAAAAUCUAACCUGAUCGAACACAGCCCCGAAAAAUUAGCGCGCAACUCGAGACACGAAACAUUAGUGAAAAGCACGGAAAACUUGAACGACCAAAGCGAUGGGAAUUUUCCAAAUUUUCAAAAACUGACUUCUGCCAAAUCUGUGCCUAACAUCGACCAAAUUUCUUCCGGAUUUGAUGAUCAUAAUCGCGAAUAUAAUUCUUUUACGAAAUCUGCCAAUAUAGUUCAUAAAAACACCGGUGAAAAUGAGAACCACGAAGAUUCGAAAUUCGACGAUGAAAUCAGUGAAAUUAACGGCGGAAGGAAUGCGCGGUCCGAAAUAAAACCUUAUUUACCCUCCGUCAAAAGAUUGGCUCAGGCCUUCAACAAAACUGAGCAAGUUACGUCAGUCCGUAAAAUUCAAAAAAUCGCGAAGAAUUCGACGAAGGAUCGACCAACGACACCGGAAAUUCACAUAGUCGAUACACCUCGGCAAAUGCAUAGUUUAACAGCUCGAUCAAUAUCGCGAGAAUUUCGUGAGGGUUUGCGUCAGAUAUCGUCAAAACAAACGUCACCGACGAAAACGGCGUUGGAGGGAAGUCACAUUCUACCAAAAUCGUAUAAAAAAUCACCCAAUCAAAACGAAGAAAUCGAAGAAACGAAUAGCUUGAUCGGCCGUGAAAAACUGAAGAGCAACAUUCAUUUCUGGGAAGAAAUGAACAAAAAAAGUUAAGAGUUUUAAAAUCUAGUAAACAAGAUAGAUUGUCCACACGAAAUAUAAUGAGAAAAAUAAUUUUGUACAGCGUUGUAAAAUAAAUGUGCAUUUUCAUCAAAACGAGAGAACAGAAAAAGCAAUUUUUCAAUUCAAAGUGAAUUUUGAAGAUUUUUCGAACAAAAAUUAUUUUGUUUUUGUACUAUUGUAAUAAGUUGCCAUAUUUUUUAAGAUACUACAAUUCAAUGAAUUAUACUAAUCGUUACUAAUUUAAUUUAUGUCAAAAAAGCCAUCCGUCAAAAAAAUUGUGAACAAAUAUCUUAAUUUAUAAAAUACGAUGAAAAUCGACAAAUAAACGAAUAAUUAUUGGAAUGUUAUAUUCGCAAGAAGACGAAUCGAGUUUCGGUUCGAUGUUUAAUCACAUCUUGCACGAUACUAUUCCCAUCGAUAUAAUCGAUCAAAUUAACGAGUUAGUUUCCUCUCUUGUUUUCAAACAAAAGUGUGCAAAGUGACUUCACAAAUAUUUAUGAGCCCCAGUUCAAAAGUUUGGUAUCAUUUAAUCAGUAUUCAUAUUGUUUCCUACGGAGAUAUUUGUUAUUUUAAUAGAAUUUAAUAAAAAGGUUAGUUUAGAUUUACAAUAAAUAAAGAAAACUACAAUUGUUCAUCAGGUUAUCAAAUAACUGAACAACUGUUGAAUGAUUAGCUAUCAAUCGAUGUUCAAUUCAUGAUGAAAUGAACCAAUUGUCGAAAAAAUUAAAUCUCUGACUCAAAUUAAAUAUAUUUUUCUUUUUUUUGCAUUUUGGACAAUUUCCUCCGAAUUGUUCAACUCUUCAGUUUAUGUGCCAUUUCAUAAGCGAUAAAUAAAAAUUAUUCAUACAAUGACGAUGAUUCCAAACUUCUGAAAUGUGGCGUUUAUUUAUAUCGAUCCAAUUUCUAAAAAAGCAUUAAUCUAUUUUUCCAGAAAAUUAUGUCAUUUUGUACUCGACUCAGUAGAAAUAAUUUAAAAAAAUGCAUCUUCCGUGUCAAACGGAAAAGAAGAUCGCAGUUUCAAAAUCUUCGAACUUGAUUUUUAUUAGUCGUUUAUCACAUUAUUCGAAGGAAUUAUGGAAUUCGUUCUUAAUAUAUGAAAAAAAGUGUAUUUAUCACGAGAUCCGAAUUGUACAAAAAUAUAAGUGUUUGUUUUUCAA